GUGUUUACGACAGUUGAGCGCGGAAUCCGGCAGCGGCGUGCUCGGUCUCGCCAGACAGAACAUAAACACACACACCACACACUCAUAAAGUCAUCAGUCCGGUGAAUGGAGACGGUGAGACGGCUUCGCAUGUCUGAAUGAAGCGGCUGUCCAUGGCUCACACCUGUGACUUCCUGUGCAUGAGUAACAGUUGCCACUGAACCCAUCAAUCACUCCUCAGAUCAAACGCGAACCCAACAGGAUGGCGCAGGCCGUGGCCAACGUCGCCCGGAGGAUCAACGCCACCAUGGAGGAGCAGAGAGACUCACUGGAUCUGUCCGACUGUGGCCUUGUAAGUUUCCCUGACGGCGUCUUCAAAAUGAUCCGCAGCUGCACCGACAACAUCCACAAAAUCUCUCUGGCCAACAACCAGAUCAAAGCCUUGAGCAACAAGUUCUUCCUCACGUUUACUCAGUUAAGAGAGGUGGAUCUGCAGGGUAACGUCCUCACAACGCUGCCGGAGGCGGUCAGAAACAUGCAGCACUUGGUCAGCAUCGAUCUCUCCAAAAACAAGCUGCUGGUUUUCCCCGAGCACCUGACGGACGUGAGCAGCCUCCAGCACAUCAGCGUGGAGGGGAACCAGAUCACAGAACUGCCGAUGGAGAAGCUGUCCCUGAUGCCGGCUCUGAAGAGUGUGGAUGUGCGGAGUAACCCGCUGACGCUGGAGGCUGCGUCUUUCCCGCAUCACUUCACGCUCCUGACAUGAGUAAACACAUGGUAAAGAACAGGAGGAACGGCGCUUCCGUCUCUCUCUGAUGUUGCCGUUUCAUUUCCAUGCACUGGACCGCAUGCUGUGCCUUCCAAUUUUUCAAUAAAAUAUUUAUUAAAUCA